ACUCACACUCACCACCAUCACCACAGAGCAGAGGCAUGGAGACCCUCGCCACGCGCGUCAAGACGUGGCUGGCGCACGAGCUGGAGGUGCUGGUCAGCACGGAGGACGCUCGCCGCCACCUCGCCGACCUGCUGGAGGAUCGCGCCGUCCUCGCCAGCGAGCUGACGCGCCUGCGGGAGCUGCAGCAGCAGCAGCAGCAGCAGCAGAGGAACGAGCAGCCACCCAGCAAGAUCCGGCGUCGCACCCUGCUGGUCUCGGAGCUGGAGGAGGCCCUGAGACCUUCAGAAGAACUGGGCCCACAGAUCGCCAGCCUCGAGACAGAGAUUGGGCUCCGCAGCGCCCAGAUCGCCGACCUGCAGCAGAAGCUGCUGGGGGUGUCGUCUGAAGAGCGCGGACGCCCUCGCUGGGACGCCAUCGCCACCAUCAUGGAGGCCAAGUGUGCGCUGCGCUGGCUACUCGAUCAGUUGGUGGCUGCGCGUGUGUGCGCUGCGCGCGCCAGCGAGGAUCUACGCGAGGCGCGUGAGGGUCGCGACGACGCCAUGCGCAGCGCCGCCGAGGAAAGAGACGCGGCGCGGGAGGAGAGGGAGAGAUUCAACAUAAAGAUCGGCCGCCUUGAGGUGGAGCACCAGGACAAGGUGCUCCUGCUGCUCAAUCAGCUGCAGCGAAGCUCACGGCCACAAAACGAAGAUCAGCAGCGUGAGAGCCUGCAGAAGGAGCAGCGUGAGCAGAUGGCUCUACUCCGUGAGGAGAACGAAUCCCUCCGACAAAAGUCGUCCACGACCAAGCCACGUCGUCCUUCUGCCCGCACGCGACCCCUCGUGACCCUGUCGCAAAUCAUCUCAGAGUCGGAGACGUCCGAUUCAAAGGGUCCGUCGGCGUCGGCGGCGGCGGUGGAGGACGCAGACUGGCGGCCGCAGCGAAGUGGCGGCGCAGUGCCGGGGGUGGCAGCCAGACCCGCGCUGCAGCGACGCAGCAAGAACACUACGGCCUCCAGGUGUCGCUGCAACGGGCGCUGUGCCACGCGGCAGUGCGGCUGUCAGCGGGCUGGCGUGGAGUGCUCGGCGCAGCGCUGCGGCUGUGAGCACGACAAGUGCACGAACCGCAGCCACGCGAAGUCGUCCACGGCCAAGCCACGUCGUCCUUCUGCCCGCACGCGAGCCCUCGUGACCCUGUCGCAAAUCAUCUCCGAGUCGGAGACGUCCGAUUCGGAGGGUCCGUCGGCGUCGGCGGCGGCGGUGGAGGACGCAGACUGGCGGCCGAAGCCAAGUGGCGGCGCAGUGCCGGGGGUGGCAGCCAGACCCGCGCUGCAGCGACGCAGCAAGAACGCUACGGCCUCCAGGUGUCGCUGUACCGGACGCUGUGCCACGCGGCAGUGCGGCUGUCAGCGGGCUGGCGUGAAGUGCUCGGAGCAGCGCUGCGGCUGCGAGCACGACAAAUGCACGAACCGCAGCCACGCGGGAGUCGAGGUGUCGUCGGAGAAACUGGAGACCUCCUCCUCCUUGUCGGACGACUCCUCCUCCUUCAAGAGGGACGACUCCUUCAAGAGGGACGAGCCGCCGUUCGCCACUAAGUGGCAGUGACGACGCUUGUGCCAGGCUAGGUGCACGUUAAGGCCAUCAUGUGACGUGUCGAACGCCCCUCGCCGGCAGGAGGUCACGGGGCAGACCCAGCUGGUGCCACGGGUCGACUGAGAUGACUGGCUGAUGCACCAGCUGUGCCAGGCUAGGUGCAGGAGGUCACGGGGCAGACCCAGCUGGUGCCACGGGUCGACUGAGAUGACUGGCCGAUGCACCACCUGUGCCAGGCUAGGUGCAGGAGGUCACGUGGCAGACCCAGCAGGUGCCACGGGUCGACUGAGAUGACUGGCUGAUGCACCAGCUGUGCCAGGCUAGGUGCAGGAGGUCACGGGGCAGACCCAGCUGGUGCCACGGGUCGACUGACCGAGAUGACCGGCUUAUGCACCAACUGUGCCAGGCUAGGUGCAGGAGGUCACGGGGCAGACCCAGCGGGUGCCACGGGUCGACUGACCGAGAUGACCGGCUUAUGCACCAACUGUGCCAGGCUAGGUGCAGGAGGUCAUGGGGCAGACCCAGCUGGUGCCACGGGUUGACUGACCGAGACGACCACCCGAUGCACCAGCUGUGCCCCCCACUGUGCCAGGCUAGGUGCACGCAAAAGACAAAGAUCCCCUGUAUAGCAGUCACGAAAGCUUUACAUCGAAAUUUGCGAGAACUUUGUUGUGGCUGUUGUUGGUAAUGGUUCGUACGACGAUGACGAUGCUUGCUGCUGCUGCUGCUUAGUUGAGUUGACUCAGCAAGCGGUGGCGGUGGUGAUGGUGGUGGUCAACGUCGCACUGUGUGUGUGUCUGUCUCUUUGUGUGUGUGUCUGUCUCUCUGUGUGUGUCUGUCUGUGUGUGAAUGUGUCUGUCUGUGUGUGAAUGUGUCUGUCUGUCUGUGUGUGUGUGUGUCUAUGUGUGUGUGUAUCUCUGUGUGCGUCUGUCUCUGUGUGUGUCUGUCUCUGUGUGUAUCUUUGUGUGUGUCUGUCUCUGUGUGUGUGUGUAUCUUUGUGUGUGUCUGUCUCUGUGUGUGUGUCUGUCUCUCUGUGUGUGUCUGUCUCUGUGUGUGUGUGUGUGUCUCUGUGUGUGUGUGUGUGUCUCUGUGUGUGUGUGUCUGUCUCUCUGUGUGUGUCUCUGUGUGUGUGUGUGUGUAUCUUUGUGUGUGUCUGUCUCUGUGUGUGUGUGUCUGUCUCUGUGUGUGUGUGUCUGUCUCUGUGUGUGUGUGUCUGUCUCUGUGUGUGUGUGUCUGUCUCUGUGUGUGUGUGUCUGUCUCUGUGUGUGUGUGUAUGUCCGUCGACUUGAUGGUUGUGUGACGAUGAUGAUGAUUUUGGUGAAUGCACUGAGCCGGUUCGGAUGGAUUUUGAGUUCCACGGUUCAGCCACCCGUGACGGAUUUUACCAGCAGGCAAGAUUGUCCAGGUGUGUAGUGCGUGUGUGGUGUGUGGUGUGGUGUGUCUAUUGUGUGUGUGUGUGUCUGUGUGUUGUGUGCUGUGUGUGGAGUGUCUAGCGUGUGUGUGUGUGAUGCGUGUGUCAUGUGUGUGGUGCGUUGUGUGUGUGGUUGCGUUGUGUGUGUGUUGUGUGUGGGUGGUGCGAUGUGGUUGCGUGGUGUGUGUGUGUUGUGUGUGUGGUGCGGUGUGUGUGUGUUGUGUGUGUGGUGCGGUGUGUGUGUGCUGUGUGUGUGGUGCGGUGUCUGUGCGUUGUGUGUGUGUGGUGCGUUGUGUGUGUGUGGUGCGUUGUGUGUGUGUGUGUGUGGUGCGUUGUGUGUGUGGUUGCGUUGGGUGUGUCUCUUCAAUGAUGUGUGUGUCUCUAAGUAUGAAUGUACCUAUUGUCAUUUUAACACAGACGCUUUCGCUACCAAUGUCAUCCGUAAUUGAGGUUGUUUUUUUUUUUGGGGGGGGGGGGGGGGGGUGUGUGGGGGGUGUUAGAUCGUGUAAGUAGAUGAAUGUGUCGUUAAACCCGCCACCACCCGCCACAGCCACCCAGGAAACGUGAGUGUCGUGUGAACAGAAGGGGGCCAGGUCGUCACGAGCACAGCGCACAGCGGUUGUGUUGCAGAGCAAAACCACAUCAGUCUAGUGUAGUGUGUAGUGUAUAGUGUAGUGUAUAGUGUAGUGUAGUGUAUAGUGUAGUAUAUAGUGUAGUGUAGAGUGUAGUGUAGUGUGGAGUGUGUAGUGUAGUGUAGUGUGUAGUGUAUAGUGUAGUGUAUAGUGUAGUGUGUAGUGUAGUGUGUAGUGUAUAGUGUAGUGUAGUGUGUAGUAUGUAGUGUGUAGUAUGUAGUGUGUAGUGUGUAGUAUGUAGUAUAGUGUAGUGUACUAGUACAGCACUAGUGUAUAGUGUACACACGACACUAUACACUAGUGCUGUACUACUACACUACACUAUACACUACUACACUAUACACUACUACACUACACUAUACACUACUACACUACACUAUACACUACUACACCACACUACAAGCCACAACAUUUGCCGUGACGUCUCGCCAGUUGCUGUACUAGUGACGAAUUGACGUUUUGUUCGUGACAACCCUUCCUCUCGUUAGCUGUGUCGUGUGGUGGCGGGUUUAACAACACAACAUUUAUAUAUUCACGCGAUCUAACACAACGCAAAAACCCUCUGUUAUCGGACCGUUGUCGUGAUUGUUGAAUAAACAUUUUUAUAAGUU